AGAGAGAGAGAGAGAGAGAGAGAGAGAGGGAGGGGUGGGAAAGAGAGAGAGAAUUGGAUAGGGUUUAGGCUGCGGAGGAGAUGGCAGAUUCCUUCUGGGCGGCUUCUUCCCAUGCGGGAAGCUCAAGCGAGUUGGGCAGGAACACCUCGGAAUGGGCGUUCCAGAGGCACCUUCACAGCAACGCCUCUAUCUCGUUCCCGUCGUCUUCUUCCCCGGAGAUCAAUAACUUCGAUGGACGGGGCGGAGGCGGAGACUCAAAUAGCUUCGUCGGAAGUGUUUUUGGGAGCAAGAAAAACGCUUCGACGCUGCCCCAUGUCGAUUCAGCCAAUUAUCAGGCCCUUCUGAAGCAGCGUCUUGAUCUUGCUUGCGCGGCAGUCGCCAUGGCUCGAGCAUCAGGUGUAAAAUCACAUCUUCCUCCUCUGGCUGAUAAUGGGCACCACAGUUCUGAAAGAUCCGAGUUAUGUUCUCACUCAUCUAAUAAAGGCCCCUCCAAAGUUGAAGUUAAGGCAGCCGACAGCCCAAUUCAGGUUCCAUCCAUGCCUAUUGUUGAGAAAGGUGUAGAUGCUUAUGUUAAGGCAGCUGGGAGCGGGUCCUCGAAGGAUCAAUCAGAUGAUGAUGAUGAUGACCUUGAAGGAGAGUCAGAGAUGAUUGGGCAAAAGGAUACUGCUGAUGUUAAGCGCAUGCGGAGGAUGCUCUCUAAUAGAGAGUCUGCAAGGCGCUCCCGGCGAAGGAAACAAGCACAUUUAAGUGAACUUGAGACACAGGUUGCGCAGUUGAAAGUUGAGAACUCCUCAUUGCUGAAGAGAUUUACAGAUAUAAACCACAAGUGCAGUGAGGCUGCUGUGAACAAUAGAAUCUUAAAAGCAGAUGUUGAGACAUUGAGAGCCAAGGUGAAGAUGGCUGAAGAGGCAGUUAAGCGAGUAACUGGAGCUGGCCCUUUUUUCCAGACAUUCGAUUUUUCAUCUCUGAAUACACAGUUAUCUGGAUCUUCAUCGCGCGGCACUGCAGAAUCCAUUGCUCCAACGAGAAACGGGGCACAUCAUUCCCACCCACCUUCUGAUGGAGCAAAAGUGCGCGACAACAUUGCCACUGUUAAUAGUGGAGUGUAUGGCUCCACGAGCAAGGCUGCGUGCAGCUCGUCCUUGCUGCGGGUGGCAAGCCUAGAGCAUCUGCAGAAACAAAUAUCUGGGGGUGGAGACGCCAGCCCCGCUGCCUCAGUUUCAUGGAAUGCAGGUUAGCAACAACAUAAAAGAGCCAUAUCGUCGCAACCUGUAUCAGUACACAGAAACAAACCUGAUGGCUGUCCCAUCUUCAAUGAACUGAAAUUAUAUAUAUAUAUAUAUGACUUCUCAAUUACUUGUAAUUGUUUCUGGCUAAUUUAACCAUGUGCAUACGCUCGAAAGAUUUGAAAUUGUUACAUUUAAAAACAACUGGACAAUGUUGAUGUGUAGAUUUAAAAUUUGUAAAAUAAAUUUAUGAAUGGUCUUAAAUUUA